UGCAAACAAGUGCCGUCACAUUCUUUCCGUAACAACCACGGAACACCUGUGGCUAGGCUGCCAGAUUUGUUCUUUGCUUUUUAGCUACAACACGUACGACAUUUUUGUCUUUGUUUGCCUGCUUUCACCUGAACUUUUGCUUUUCCUGUCCUUUCAUCUGCGGCCGACACGCAGGCAGGUGAGACGGCCGAUGGCAGGUGAGGCAUCCUAGCGCUUUCUUGUGGAAACAUGAGCGCUCCCUCCAUUCAUGAGGACUGUUUUGUUACUUCUAAACCUCGGGGCUCUGUGCUUCUCGACAGGCACCUCCCCUCCCCCCAGCCCCGUCAACAUCAGCUUCUCCUCGGUGAACCUGAGGAACAUUCUCCAGUGGCUCCCGGGAAAUACAACGCCGGACGGCACUCGCUUCACCGUGCAGUAUGCCUUCUACGGGGACAGCGUGGAGGGCAGCAAAGGGAGGCGGGUCAACUGGAGGCCUGUGCAAAAGUGCAAGGAAAUAGCCGAGACGUGGUGCGACCUGACCCGUGAGACGUGGGAUGUGCAGCAGAGCUACCACGGAAGGGUGCGCUCAGCUGUGGGCUCCAAGGCCUUCUCCAAGUGGGCUUUGACACAAGGGAGAUUCAAUCCAAAGUAUGACACUACUUUUGGGCAGCCUCUGCUUUCAGUGGAAGUAAAGGACAACAACAACGCCAUUGUCCAUCUGAAAGGUCCAAUCAGGUAUCAGCCAGAUGACCACGCCCCACCCAUUUCCAUGGCAACGUUGUACCCCUACAUGACCUACAACCUCUCGGUCCACAAUGGGCGUCGUGGCCAGGUGCAUCAUUUCCCAGUCACAUCCAGCCCGUACACAUACCAUCUGAUGGAUUAUGACACAGAAUACUGCUUCUCUGCCAAGGCCAGAUUCCUCUCCCUGCCCUUUCAGUGCCGGCAGUCAGAGCUUCACUGCCUAACUACCACUAAAGAUCCUGUAAAGGGCCAGCUACAGAGGGUGGUUGUGGGUAUUGUGGUUCCAUCAAUGUGCAUCUGCAUUCUUAUGGUGGUGGGAUACUUUCUCUAUCACUUCCUGACAGGGAAGGAACACAAGAGGCCUUCAUUUCUGGACGUACCAUUGCUUCCCUCUCCACCACUGACCUUCCCGCCCGAGAGGCUUAACCCCAUCCUCGUCACUACUGUCAGAAACGAUCUCUCGUCAGACACCAAUGUAUCACACCGUGGACGUCCCGAGAAGUGGAGACAGCAGGCUAAUCUCGCCUUCCCGCCGUCAAGAUACGCCGCCCAGCAACCAGAGAUGCCCUCAGAGCUGCCCCUAGACCUCCCGCCAGAGCUGGAGGAACCCUUGGACAAUGUCUCCAGCUACGGGGUUGUCGGCGUGGCUCCAAGAAAUGACUCAGAUGAUCAUCCUGAUACUGUCGUCUCCCAGUGCUACUUCCCGCAGGAGUCCACCCAAACACAAUUAGAGAGGAGCACGCAGGCACAGGUGCCUUCUCCUAUGCCUGACAUGGAAAUUGUAGAAGAGAGAGACUUUUCAAGGUCUUCUUUGAACAAUUACCCUACAACUGGCCUCAGAAUACCCUCAGAGGAACGGAUGGAGCAAGACAUAAGAACAUACAGGACACUUGGCAAAGACGUUCAAAGAGUACACCUCCUCUCUACCUCCCAUGCCGCACCCUCAACACCCUCAAAUGACUCCCCAGAUGACUACGGUGAACUCAUGGUGAGGGGAUUGGAGGAAGAUAAGCAGGACAAGUCGCUCCACAUUAACUGGGACCCUUGGUUGAGGAAUCUAGUGCUGCCGGGGAUGGAGGUCAACCAGGAGGGAGGCAGCAAGGAAGAGGAGGUGGCAAAUAAGGAGCUGGGUUUGGACAAUGUGCUCCUCAAACAAGCCUCCAGGGGGGAGGCGGGGCCACAGCCAGGGCCCAAUGCAGGCUGGGAGGUGGAUGAUAUUGUCAGCAAAUGGAAGUUGGUUAUCUCGAUGGAGGAGUAAGGAUGGCCAACACUGCAAAACGGCCAGUAAAAUCUCCUUUUGCUGCAAGAAGUAUCCACAUACGUACUUGGAAAACAUGUGCGUUGGUUCGCUAAAAUUAGUUUCCUUCUUCUGCUGUUACGUCGAUUAUUGCAGAAUCGCUGUAUCGCAACACACUUGUUAUAUAGUUGAUGACACAAGUGAACUACCGUACUCGUACUCCUGUUGUGCACCACUUAGUGGCGUAGUGCGGGUCAAGCAGUCGUGCUCACUCAAACCCAAUCUUCCACUGAGCCCAGUUUUGAACAUUUUUGACUCUUUAGGACCGUCUCACUUCAGCUAAAAGUCGUUUAAAAGCGUUUUUAACAAGCAAUAUUGUGUUUGUGUCGUCGUGCAUUACUUUAUGUAUUAAAUACGCACAUAAUGCAUAUGAUGGUUUAAGAAGGGAGGAAAAUAACACCAAAAUGCACCAAAAUAAAGAAAAAGUCUGUCAUAGCUGAUGAUGUAGCACUUUAUACUGUUACUUUUUUGGUUAUGUUCCCACCAUAUUGUCUUUGCUCAUCACUGUUGCCAGGCAGAUACACUGAUACAGUUGUAUGCAAAAAUGUGGGCACCCCUGACAAUUUUCCAUCAUUUUCAUUAAUAAAUCAAUGGGUAUUUUAAUCUAUUAUUUCAUUGUGAUAUAUCACAUAACAGAGUAGUAUUACAGGAGUGAAAUGAGGUUCACUGGAUUAACACAACACAUGCAAUAUACAUCAAAAUAAAAUUAGACAGGUGCAGAAAUUCAGGCACCCCUGUCAUUUUUCUGAUUUGAAUACCUCUACCUACCUACCUACCACUGGUUAAUUGGAACACAAAAUGGCUUUUCUGAGCUCAUAAAACCUUGAAUUUCAUUGAUAGACACAUCCAAUCAUCUAAUCAAAGGUAUUUAAGGUGGCCACUUGCAAGCUGGUUUUCUCUUUGAAUACCCUGUGAAGACGGGCAACAUGGGACCCUCAAAACAUCUGGCAAAUGACCGGAAAAUAAACAUCAUGGUUUACGCAAAGGCUACAAAAAGCCAUCUCAGAGAUUUCAGCUAUCAACGUCCACUGUGAGAAACAUAAUGAAGAAAUGGAAGAGCACAAACACAGUUAUUGUUAAGGCUGUCAGGAUUGGCGCGAGCCAAAGUGAAACGUCUGGAUCCCAAUGCAGAGGAAAAAGGCAAAAAUGAUGAACAAAAGAUUUAAUGUAACAAAGGUUGUCCACAAGGGAAAAAAGUACAACACAAAAACAGGAAAAUCCACAACAGUUAGAACAAACUUGUUAAGGUAAACUUGUUAAGACUAACACUAGCAAGGAGCACACUACAGGACUGGUUAUGCACGGAGCCAGAAAGCAGGGAGAAGGGUAGGGAAGCAGGACUAAGUGGUAGCAAGCAAUCAGGGAGUACAAUCUGGCGACGAGGUAACGCUGCUGCCUUGCUUAGGAGGGGUCCCCGGUUAAAUUGCCUGCAGGUGUGCUCCGGAGUCUCCACCUUCACCGGCUGGGGUGCACUGCAGACAAGGAAUAGACAGGCGGCAGCAGAGCGACAAGCAAAGCGUGACAAAGGCCAGAAGUGGUAGGCAAGGAAAAAUAUCAGAAAGGCAAAGGCAAAGGAUGGUGACAACUGUCAAUGACAACCCACAGACCAUUUCCAAAGAACUAUAACAUCAACUUGUAGUUCGUCAGCUGAGGGAUGCCAAAGAACGUUUGGACAAGCAAGCUUCAUUUUGGUAAAUGUGCUGCCGUGAUGCAUCAUAUGCACAUCUUCUGUUAAUCAAUUUCACUCCUGAAAUAUUGCUCUGUCCAUCAGUUUUUCAAUACUUUAAAAUGAAAUUGUAGAUUUGUAAACACCCAGUGAUUUAUAAAUGAAAAUGAUGGAAACUGUCAAGGAGGCCCAAAACUUUGCUUAUCUCUGUACCCUGAAACACUAUCUCCUGGUUACCAUAUACUGUAUCCAAAAUAUUUUUGGCAAGACACUCAUUGCUGGUUUUGAAAGAAGUGCUGUUUGGACAUUUUUCUUUGUGAGUACUGCAUUGUUACUGUGUAACCUUCACAAUGUGGGGAAGGAUAGUAUUUCCUUCCUACUGUAUCUCCCUUUUGUUAUUCUGAAACACAAUCUGCAAUCACAUAAUCAUGAAUGCUUCUUUAUAUAUACAUUACAUAUGUAUAUAUGUGUGUGUAUUUUUCCAUGUAGAAUUUAUAUUAUACUAAAAAAAGAGGCUAUACAAAAAAA